GGCGGCAUCUACGUGACGUCACAACAGUUCACCAGAACAAGGAGUCGGUAAGAACGCGCCUCAUGCUUUGUGGUUCAACGUGUUUCGUACGAAGUCCAACAAAAUUGUCAACAGCGAAAUCGAUCCUAAAGUGACCGAGAUGUCGGCUGCCAGCGACAGUGGAGAUCGGCUCACCCAGUUCAAGAAUAAAGGGAGAGACGCCAACGAACUCCGGCGCAGGAGAGUUGAAGUCAACGUGGAGCUCCGGAGGGCCAAAAAAGAGGAGCAAAUCCUGAAGAGGCGGCACGUCAACAGCCUCCUGGACGAGCCCCCCCUCCAGGACCCCAACGCCCAGCCCCCCCAGCACUGGUCUGUGGAGGAGAUCGUGACCGGGGUCCACAGCCAGGAUCUGGAUCACCAGCUCCACGCAACGCAGGCGGCCCGGAAGCUCCUGUCCCGGGAGAAGCACCCUCCCAUCGACGGCAUCAUCGAGGCUGGCCUCAUCCCGUGCUUUGUGGCCUUCUUGGCACUGGCGGAUUGCCCCCCCAUCCAGUUUGAGGCGGCCUGGGCGCUCACCAACAUCGCGUCGGGAAGCUCGGAGCAGACGGCGGCUGUGGUGGACGGGGGCGCCGUCCCGGCCUUCAUCGGCCUGGUGGCCUCCCCCCACCCCCACAUCAGUGAACAGGCCAUCUGGGCCCUGGGGAACAUUGCAGGUGAUGGCUCCAACCACAGGGACCUGGUGAUCAAACAUGGAGGGAUCCAGCCCCUCCUCACUCUGCUUGCGGCCCCGGACCUCUCUGUGUUCCCUCCAGGCUACCUGCGCAACAUCACCUGGACGCUGUCCAACCUGUGUCGCAACAAAAAUCCCGCCCCGCCACUGGAGGCGGUGCGCCUGCUACUGCCCGCCUUGCUGCGGCUGCUGCACCACGACGACCGCGAGGUGCUGGCCGACACCUGCUGGGCCGUAUCCUACCUGACGGACGGACCCAAUGAGCGCAUCGAGGUGGUGCUGCAGUCCGGCCUGGUGCCCCGCCUGGUGCAGCUGCUGGCUUGCGGGGAGCUCACCGUCAUCACUCCGGCCCUGCGGUCGCUAGGCAACGUGGUGACUGGGACAGACGACCAGACGCAGUGUGUGCUCAACGCCGGCGCACUUGCCCUGUUCCCGGCGCUGCUGCGACACCCCAAGCCCAACAUCCAGAAGGAGGCUGCAUGGACCAUCUCCAACAUCACGGCUGGGAAGAGCGGGCAGAUCCAGGAGGUGGUAGACGCGGGCCUGGUGCCCAUCCUGGUGGAGGUCCUGAAGGAGGGGGAUUAUAAAACCCAGAAGGAGGCUGUGUGGGCCAUCACCAACUACACCAGCGGGGGUUCCAUGGAGCAGGUGGCCUACCUGGUCCAGUGCAACAUCCUGGAGCCGCUGCUGGAGCUCCUGUCUGCCAAGGACAGCAAGAUUCUGCUGGUCAUUCUGGACGCCAUCUUCAACAUCUUCCAGACGGGGGAGAAGCUUGGCGAGACGGAGAAGUUGUGCGUGGGCAUCGAGGAGUGUGGCGGCCUGGACAAGAUAGAGGCGCUGCAGGUGCACGAGAAUGAGGCGGUGUACAAGGCCUCACUGCAGAUCAUCGAGAGGUACUUCUCAGCCGAGAACGAGGAGGAACAGACGGUGGUCCCGGGGGUCACUGCAGAUGGAUUUGCCUUCCAGGUUCCGGACGAUCAAAGCACUUUCAACUUCUAAUGCUCCACAUUUCUACAUGUUUUUUUUUUUUAUUUAAACUCAUAUUUGUACAUACUCGUACAAAGAUCCACAUUUCCAUGCAAGAUAUGUAAAUACAUUUUAAGAAAUGUCUUCUUAAUUGUGUGUAGUUAUUUGUGUGAUGAUAGAACAAUUUGGGAGGCAGUGGGUUUGAAGAGAAACGAGCUCCUGCAGUUCCCACGUCAGCCUGGGCUGAAAAAAGAAAUGCCUA